AGCCCAUGGUUACUUACUGAUUUCCCCAGUCGAGUAAAGUCACACCUUGAGAGAUCACAAUGCAGGAAAAGGUAGUCAUUUUAGUUGUCAUAGUCGUCCUGGGUGGGACCUCAGCCACCCCACAGAAUGGCAACCAACGUCCCAGUCUUCACAAUGGAAGGAUCAUCGGAGGAGUGGUGGCGGAUCGUCACGAAUUUAAAUUCGUCGUUAAUAUACACCGUCCCUCCUACUACUUUGCAGGAACCAUAAUUUCACCCGAAUGGGUCGUUACUUCAGCCCAGUUUGCUUGGGAUGACCUCUCUACGUACACAAUAGUAGCGGGAGAUCACAAAAUUGAUACUGUUGAUGGUGAAGAACAAUUUCGAAAUGUGACAAAAAUUUUAAUCCACCCAAACUAUACGAGAAGUUAUCUUAGUUUGGAUACAACCAGAUUUAUUCUGUAUGAAAAUGACGUCGCUUUAAUGAGGGUUACCCCGCCGUUUGAACUUAACGAAUUCGUCCAACCCGCUGUCUUCCCGGAGGCUGGAUUUGUUCCGCCACCCGUAUGUACAGUGGCCGGAUGGGGAGCCACGACUGAAAGUGGUACCGCAUAUUCUACCGACCUCUUGAAGGUUAACGUCCCAUUUGUUGACCACGACACGUGUCACGCCAGUUUCGACAGUAUCGGCAGAGGCAUCGCAGAGUCGAUGAUUUGCUAUGGCGAACCUAGAAGGGACUCGUGCUCGGGAGAUCAGGGAGCUCCCCUCGUAUGCGGGGAGAAUCAGACCCUUUGUGGGAUUUCGUCGUGGGGAAAUAGGUGUGGCCUCCCAGGUUUUCCAGGGGUUUACACGGAAAUUUCAUAUUUCCUGGAAUGGAUCCGAUCGUCAAUUAGCUCUGUCGAAGAGGACCUAACACCUGUGGAAACAGUUACGUCCUGUGGCGGGCGGAUCGACGUGACCUCUGCCAGCAUCAACUACCUAGUUGAAGGAUCUAUUCGGGCAAAUCAACGGUGCGUGUGGAUCGUAAAAGUGCCCUAUGAUACGAUCCGAUUCCGACUUCAGUCAUCCGGGCUGAGCGGAAGUGAUGGCCUUUAUGUUACGAAGUUUGUCAAUUCAGUCCCUAGGGAACAACAAAGAGUAUCAUCCGUUGGUCAAAACUACACCCUUUCCGGCGGCGGAGUUGUCAUCAUUACACUUGCCGUUGGAUCCGCGCCCACGCGUGGCUUCAGUCUGCACCUCUUUUCCAGCGGGUUAGCCGACCAGACCCCCGACUUCACCGGAUUCAUGCAGACGAGCGGAGAAACAGGGAACCUCACGUAUCCAAGCCAUGGCGGUGGCUAUGACAACUUCGAGAAUGCUCUGUUCAUAAUCGCUCCAGCCACGCCACAACAGAGGUUCAUCUCUUUUCUAGCGAUGGACCUCGAAAACUGGUCCGGAUGCACUGCUGAUGCAGUUUCAGUGUACAGCUGGUUAAAUGGGAUGUAUGCUCUCAUAACAAGAACCUGUGGAACGACCAUACCGCCAACCUUGACCUUACAUGAAAGCUUGGGUCUGGUCACUUUCACGUCAGACGUUCAUAUUACAAGAUCAGGAUUUGCAUUCGAGUGGAUGUAAAUUGUAGCUAUAGGAAAAGUGACAAUUAUAAUUGUUUGGCUGAUUGUGCUUACUAACUACUAAAUACAGAUAUCCGUAUUGUAUAAUUUGUAUUUAAUGUAGCG